UUUUUUUAUUAGCUUAGUGAAGUAUAAUGUAAUAUUUCCAUAUUACCAAAGCGUCUCAAUCGUUCAAUAAAGUUUGGUGGAUUCAAAACAAAGAUGGCCGCCCCCAUGGAAUACAAGGUUCUCUGAGCAAUCAAGAAGUUUCAGAAUGAGCCGCUCCACCAAUCUCCUUCAGCAGAUGACCAUCUUUGUCACCAUGGUUACCGGUGGAGGCUGCGGGAUGAUGUACUACCUCAUGCAGAAAAACUUCGCCAAAUCGGAGUACUACCGCUCAGCGGUUGAGCGGCUAAACGAUCACUCCACGGCGAUGGCCAAUCUGGGAGCUCCUCCCUUAAAGAUCCACAACAUCCAUCUCACUGAUCGGUAUAACCGCGUCGAUCACACCAUCGCCCAGCUUAAAAUCCCAGUGACUGGAACAAAGACGGGAGGAUACCUCUACACGACCUCCAACAGAGACGCCACGAUGAACAGGUGGCGGCUCCAGCGAGUGGCUUUGCAGCUCAAGAACAGCGAGACCAUCGAGAUUUUUCCCAGUGAGGAAUCCGAGUAGCUUUACAAUAAAGCUUCGACAAAAGUUUGUGGACACCUGACUUGUAUGUGAUUAAUAAACUCCACUCUUCUGGGAACCAAA